UUGCGUUCUAACCUCGCGCUCAUGCUCCGCAAUGCAUCGCAGGCCAAGUGGUCCCAUGCUGGAGACCUGCCAGAUUACGCUCACCCCGAACCCGGACGGUAACUACCAGGAAGUCAAGUCAUGCACAUUGUCUGCCAUCAGUUCCUCGUCUGGUGGCUCCGGCGCAGCGGCUGCUCCCUCUGCUCCUCCAGCUGCCUCUGCUCCUCCAGCUGCCUCUGCUCCUCCGGCUGCCUCUGCUCCUCCGGCUGCCACUGGACCUCCUGCCAUCGUCGUUGUUGGUACUUCUUCCAUCGACUCCUCCGCUAUCUUGGCUACUGGUACCGCUGCCCCGUCCGUCGCCGCGAGCGCAACGGGUACCGCAGCAGCCUCUGCUACCAGUGCCGUCGGCGCUAUCAACAACGGGGCAGGCGGUGCUGCUGCCAGCGUGAGCGCUGCCUCGUCGGCGAGCGCCGCCGCUGUGUCCAAGACGGCCGUGUCCGACGCGGCGAAGACUUUCGUCAUCCCCGGCCGGCACAUUCUCAUCCUUCCUGUCGGCCUGAUCGUCUUCUGCGUCAUCACCGGGACCAUGUUGCUUGUGAUCGUGUUCCAACACUUUGAGCGCAUGCGCUAUCGUAGGGUGAGUCGGCUUCGACUGGUGCGCGCGUGUCAUGGGGGUUUACGCUGGUUUUUGCAGGCGUUCCGUCAGCGCAAGCUUGCUGAGCAGGGCGCUGGCAUGGGCUAUGGUGGCAUGGGGUGAGUUUGUAUGUAGUUUCGCUGGACGUCCCCGCUGAUGACGAUGGCUUGUUCUGCAGGAAGGCGUAAUGGUGAUAUCAGUGG